CCAGCUGUCGCGCUGUCCCCGCCGCAGCCGCCGGGGGUCCCUGGGCCGCUCGGUGUCCGAAUCGUCCGAGGGUCGCGGGGGGGUCUCGGAGCUGGAGCCGCUCGAGGGGCGGGGGUCGCGGGCCGGGAGCCUCUGCCGGAGCCUCCGCUCGAGGGGAGGGGGCGACAGCGGAGCCCCCCCGGGAACCCCCGGCUCCGACGGCAGCGAGGAGGACCCCAACGGCUACGUGACCCCAAACUGUCACCGGGACCCCGACCCCGCCGCGCUCCCGGUACCGGACCCGGAGGAGGAGUACGAGUACAUGAACCGACGGCCGGGGGGAGCCCCGGGAGCCCCCCAAGCGCUGGAAGAGUUGGGCUACGAAUACAUGGAGGUGGGCUCGGAACCGGGGGGACCCCCGGGAGCGCCCCCGGGCCGGGCGGGGCGGCGGGAGAACGAGGAGGAGGAGGAUGAAGGUGAGGAAGAGGAGGAUUACGAGUACAUGAACAAACAACCGCGGCUCAGCCGCUCCUUGGGCGGCGACACCGGGGGCGGCCCGGGACCCCUCCCCCGAAACCACGGCUACACCGACAUGAGACCGGGCGACACCGGAAUGAGGCGGGGGGACACCCGACUGCGACCGGGGAGCACCGGGAUGCGACCGGGCGACACCGGAACGCCACCGGGCGACACCGGAACGCCACCGGGCGACACCGGCGCGGCCCCGGCGCCGCAGGAGAAUGAGGAUGAGGAGGAGGAAGAGCAAGGCUACGAGGAGAUGGAGGCCGUGACCGGCCCCCGGUGCUGCCCCGGUUGCCGCGGGACCCCCGGGCCGGGCGGGAUGAAGCCCCUGCGGAGUUUGGAAGCCUCGGACUGCGCCUUCGACAACCCCGACUAUUGGCACAGCCGCCUGUUCGCCAAGGCCGACGGGCAGCGGACGUAGGGGAGGGG